AUGUUCCUGCUCCUCGCACUGUUUGCUGAGCUUGGAGGGCUGCACGCCCGCCAGGAUUCUGAGGGAAUAUUCCUGCAUGUGACAGUUCCGCAGAAGAUCAGGUCAAAUGGGAGUGAAGAUUCAGAGAAGCAGGUGACUUAUAUCAUUACAAUUGAUAAAAAACCAUACACUCUGCAUCUCAGAAAACACGCAUUUGUAUCCCAGAACUUUUUGGUUUAUACAUAUAACGAAACUGAAUCUUUGCAUCCUGAGUCUUCAUAUUUUAAGAUGCAUUGCCAUUACCAAGGAUACGCUGCAGAUUUUCCAAAUUCAGUUGUGACACUCAGCAUCUGUUUUGGACUCAGGGGAUUCCUUCAGUUUGAAAAUAUCAGCUAUGGAAUUGAACCUUUGGAGUCUUCAGCAAGAUUUGAGCACAUAAUUUAUCAAGUGAAAAAUGACAGUCCACAUGGACCAAUGUUAGCAGAAAAUUACAGCAAUAUUUGGCAGAAAGACCAGCCCUAUAAAAUCCAUUUAAGCUCACAGGAAAAAACUCUUUCCGAACUAUUACCUCAAUACCUAGAAAUGCACAUUAUAGUGGAAAAAGCUUUGUAUGAUUAUAUGGGAUCAGAAAUGAUGGCUGUAACCCAGAAAAUUAUCCAGAUUAUUGGCCUUGUCAACACAAUGUUUAGUCAGUUCAAAUUGACUGUGAUACUAUCCUCCUUGGAAUUGUGGUCAGAUAAAAACCAGAUUUCUACUAAUGGGGAUGCUGAUGAUUUAUUACAAAGAGUUUUGACAUGGAAACAGGACUAUCUUAUCCUACGGCCCCAUGACGUAACAUUCUUACUUAUUUACAGGAAACAGCCUAAAUAUGUGGGAGCGACGUUUCCUGGAACGAUAUGCAAUAAAAGUUAUGAUGCAGAUAUUGCUAUGUAUCCAGGUGCAAUAACAUUGGAGGGAUUUUCAGUUAUUAUAGCUCAACUACUUGGCCUUAAGAUAGGAUUAACGUAUGAUGACAUCCAUAAGUGUUCCUGUCCAAGAGCUCCAUGCAUAAUGAAUCAUGAAGCAGUAGUUUCCAGUGGUAUAAAGAUUUUUAGCAACUGCAGCAUGCGUGACUAUAGAUAUUUUGUUUCCACACUUGAGGCUCAGUGUCUUCAGAACUUUUCAAAAUGGAAACCAUUAUAUCAAAAUCAAUCCGUGUGUGGUAAUGGGAUUUUGGACCCUCAGGAAGAAUGUGACUGUGGCAAUGAACAGGAAUGUCAAUUUAAGAACUGCUGUGAUUACAACACAUGUAAACUGAAAGGCUCAGUAAAAUGCGGUUCUGGGUCAUGCUGUACAUCAAAAUGUGAGGUAUCGGUAGCAGGCACUCCCUGUAGAAAGAGUGUUGAUCAAGAGUGUGAUUUUACUGAGUAUUGCAAUGGGACUUCCAGUAAUUGUGUUCCUGACACGUAUGCAAUGAAUGGCCAAUCGUGCAGGUUGGGAACUGCCUAUUGUUACAAUGGACGAUGCCAAACUGCUGAUAACCAGUGUGCCAAGAUGUUUGGAAAAGGUGCUCAAGGUGCUCCAUUUGCCUGUUUUAAAGAAGUUAAUUCUCUGCGUAAUAGUCUUGGAAACUGUGGUUUUAAAAAUUCCCGACCGUUACCUUGUGAACAGAAAGACGUUCUUUGUGGAAAAUUAGCUUGUGUUUGGCCAAAUAAUAAUACUUAUAAAAGUGAUGUUCGAGCUGCAAUUUACUCAUAUACUCAAGGACGUGUAUGCAUAACUGCCAGGUCAUCGGUGAGAUCAGGUGGAAGAGAUUAUGCCUAUGUGGCUGAUGGCACUGUGUGUGGUCCACAAAUGUAUUGUAUAAAUCAAACCUGCAAAGAAGUUCCUCUAGUGGAGUAUAAUUGUAAUGCCACUACAAAAUGCAGAGGAAAUGGGGUAUGCAAUAAUUUAGGUAAUUGUCACUGCCUUCCUGGCUAUAGGCCUCCGGAUUGUGAAUUACAGGUUGAUUCGCCAGGAGGAAGUCUUGAUGAUGGAAAUGAUCAUAAAUCUGUUACAUUUUUUGCUAAAAAAGGCUACAGUGCACAUCAGAACUGGCUUAUUUUGAGUUUCUACAUUGUUCUGCCCUUUUUCGUAAUUUUCACCCUUAUGGUCAUGAAGCGAAAUGAAAUGAGAAGAUCAAGCAGCAAAGUGAGCACAGAAUAUGAGGGUCACUCAGCCAUUGUACCAGAAAGCUAUGACGUCAACUAUUAAUCUCGCCAAGAACUUCACCAACAAGUGGCUUCCGUGCAGACCAGAAAGUAUUUUGUAACUCUUCGGA